CGCACCAUCACCAGCACCAGCGAUGGCUUCCCUCUCCUCCUCUUCCUCUUCCUUGGCAGAACGGUGGAAGCUCUACGGCAAGACGGCAUUGGUGACUGGCGGCACGCGCGGCCUCGGGUAUGUAUCCUCUCCACCACCACCCCUCCUCUCUCUCUCUCUCGUUGUGCUGCCCCCCCUCCCGGGGUCGAUCAUUGUCUCCACAUUGCCGCCUUUCUUCUUUGCAUGUGAAGCCAUGUCCUGGGUGGGUUUUGGGUGCAGGCGCGCAAUUGUGGAGGAAUUGGCAGGGCUGGGAGUUUCCGUGUACACUUGUGCCCGGUCCAAGGAGGGUCUGGAUACCAGCUUGAAUUCGUGGCGACAAGCCGGCUUCACGGUGGAAGGCUCGGUGUGCGAUCUAUCCCUGCGCGACGCUCGUGAGGAGCUCUUUCGGAAUGUGCGAGCCCAUUUUGGUGGCUCUCUCGACAUCCUUGUCAAUAAUGUGGGCACGAACAUAAGGAAGUCGACGGUGGACUUCACACCCGAGGAUUUUUCAUUUGUGAUGUCAACCAAUUUGGAGUCAGCAUAUCAUUGCAGCCAGCUAGGGCACCCUCUCUUGAAAGCCUCGGGGAAUGGCUGCUUGGUGUUCAUUUCUUCCGUUGCCGGUGUGGUAGCAGUUCGAAGUGGCACUCUGUAUGCUGCAACUAAAGGAGCUAUAAAUCAGAUAACAAAGAAUUUCGCAUGUGAAUGGGCAAAGGACGGCAUCCGUGUAAAUAGUGUGGCGCCUUGGUACAUAAAUACAGACCUUGCGCAGCAGGUUUUGGCCAACCCCGACUUCAAAGCAGAAGUGGUGGGUCGAACUCCAUUGCGGCGAGUGGGCGAGCCGUAUGAGGUAGCUGGCUUGGUGGCCUUCCUGUGCAUGCCCACUGCCGGCUUCAUCACCGGGCAGACUAUCAGUAUUGAUGGAGGCUUCACUAUAAAUGGAUUCUAUCCUACAGACUAGUUAUUUUUCUCGUCUCACAACCUUUGCUUUGAUGAUCUCUUAUCGUGAAGUUGGUAGAUUGUACAAUUGUUUAGGAAUUGUGAACUGUAGGGACUGCAGCUAAUGAAGUGUUUUCAAUAGGAGAAAUUUCUAGAUUUUCGGCUCUAUCCAGUCCUCCUAAAGAUGAAACAGGCAAUUUUUGCUAAUCUUCAAUGGAACUAACGAGUCCAGGCUAUUGUUUUAGCUCCAACUU